GGUUGGCGGGUGAGAGGCACAGGGUUGGCUUCCGCGAGAGUAAGCGAGCCGCCGAGAGGAAGCGGCGCAGGGGAAGCGGCGCAGGUGACAUUUCCUUUCGGGCCGCCCCCUCUCCCUCUGCCGGAGCGGGGCCCCGAGAAUGGCAGCGUUAGGAGAACCAAGUAAGUUUUCACAAACACUGAAUGGAAUUCCUUCUUCAAACACAGUCAACAGUGGAAUGGACCCCUUCCAUGCUUGCAGUAUUCUUCAACAGCUUAAAACCAUGUAUGAUGAAGGACAACUGACAGAUAUUGUUGUCGAAGUGGAUCAUGGGAAAACAUUCUCCUGUCAUAGGAAUGUUCUUGCUGCAAUCAGUCCUUAUUUCAGAUCUAUGUUCACUAGCGGCCUUACAGAGAGUACCCAGAAAGAAGUUCGUAUCGUUGGUGUUGAAGCAGAGUCAAUGCAUUUAGUAUUGAAUUAUGCAUAUACCUCCAGAGUAGUGCUGACAGAGGCCAACGUUCAAGCUUUGUUCACUGCAGCUAGUAUCUUCCAGAUCCCUUCCAUACAAGACCAGUGUGCUAAAUACAUGAUCAGUCAUUUGGACCCACAGAAUUCCAUCGGGGUGUUUAUCUUUGCUGAUCACUAUGGUCAUCAGGAACUCAAAGACAGAUCACAAGACUACAUUCGUAAAAAGUUUCUGAGUGUCACCAAAGAGCAAGAAUUUCUUCAGCUGAGAAAAGACCAACUGAUAAGUAUACUCAACAGUGAUGACUUAAAUGUAGACAAAGAAGAACAUGUUUAUGACAGCAUUAUAAGGUGGUUUGAGCAUGAACAAAAUAAGAGAGAAGUGCACCUUCCAGAAAUAUUUGCCAAAUGCAUCCGUAUGCCUCUGUUGGAAGAGACAUUUUUAGAGAAAAUCCCUCCCAUGUUUGCACAGGCUAUGGCCAAAAGCUGUGUACAAAAGGGACAACAUAGUGCCAAUGGCUACACACAACGGCUUGGAAUGACCGCUUCUGAAAUGAUCAUAUGCUUUGAUGCUGCCCACAAACACUCAGGAAAGAAGCAAACAGUGCCUUGUUUAGAUUCGGUCACAGGGAGAGUGUUUAAACUAUGCAAGCCACCAAAUGACUUGAGGGAGGUUGGAAUUCUCGUAUCUCCCGAUAACGAUAUUUAUAUUGCGGGUGGUUACAGACCAAGCAGCAGUGAGGUCUCCAUUGACCACAGAGCAGAGAGUGAUUUUUGGAUGUAUGACCACGCUGGCAAUAGGUGGAUUCCAAAAGCUCCUUUGUUGCGAGCCAGAAUAGGCUGCAAAUUGGUUCAUUGCUGUGGUAAACUGUAUGCAAUAGGUGGUCGUGUUUAUGAAGGAGAUGGGAGGAACUCGCUCAAGUCUGUGGAGUGUUAUGACAGCCGGGAGAACUGUUGGACAGCUGUCUGUCCAAUGCCUGUAGCAAUGGAGUUCCACAGCGCUGUUGAAUAUAAGGAUAACAUCUAUGUGUUGCAGGGGGAAUUUUUUCUCUGCUACGAUCCUCAGAAGGAUUACUGGGGAUUUUUGACCCCAAUGACUGUGCCUAGAAUCCAAGGCUUGGCAACUGUGUACAAUGACUCCAUCUACUACAUAGCUGGAACCUGUGGAAACCAUCAGCGCAUGUUUACCGUAGAGGCCUAUGACAUUGAACAGAACAAGUGGACUCGAAAAAAAGACUUUCCAUGUGAUCAGUCCAUUAAUCCCUAUAUAAAACUCGUACUCCUCAAAAAUAAACUCCAUCUGUUUGUCAGAGCUACUCAAGUCACUGUUGAAGAACAUGUUUUUAGAACCAGCAGGAAGAAUUCGCUCUACCAGUAUGAUGAGGUUACUGACCAAUGGCAGAAAGUAUAUGAGACUCCAGAUAGGCUCUGGGAUUUAGGCCGGCAUUUUGAAUGUGUUGUUGCUAAAUUGUAUCCACAGUGUCUUCAGAAAGUUAUUUAAUUUUUUUUUCUUUUUCCUCUUUUUUUCUUUUUUCUCAGUAACAGGCCUUAGUGGUUUCAGUGGUAAUCUGAUGCUAGAGAAAAUAUGUCUUAAAGAAAACAAAGAAAUUCUGUCAGUAUUUAUUGUGAGCUGAAACAGACUUUUUUUUUUGUAUAUGGGGAUGGAUGCUCUUUAAAGGUUGCAGUCUAGGGAAGGAUUCACUGGUUCAGUUUCAUAUUUACUGAUGUUUUCCUGGGAAAUGAGAAGGAGGUUAUAAAGUGCAAUUAUCAGCAUUUUUUUCCUGGUAAACACUUAGUCAUGUCAUGCUAGAGGGGUGUUUUUGUGGUAAGAGCAAAUUAAGUGGAAGAGCCAGGAUAACUAUGCACUACAGUGAAAGAAAAUCUAGCAUUAACAACUGAGGAUGUCCAAGAUGUUUUGAAGUGACUUUUCUUUUUUCCCUUUUUUUUUUUAAAUACGGGUAAAAUUUGAGGCAAUAUCACUAAGUUUGAUUUUUGGGUUUGCUUGGGUUUGUUUGGUUUUUGUUUUUUUUUGACUUGAGAUUAAAAGUACCUGAAAAUGGUAUAUCCUGAUUCGUAAUGAUCUUCUUUUUCUUGUGCUGUGUUUCGGGUCUGUUAAGAUGUUUGUGAUGGUAUUUGUGCACUACAGUUUAGGAGAAAAACUCAAGUGAGAAUCAGAACAUGGAGUAACAUUGCCUGAAGAGAGGCCUGUUCAGAUUACUGUACCACUUCCUGUUUAUGGAUUUUUGUUAAAAUUGAACUUAAUGAUAGGGGAAGGGGAGGGAAUCCCAACACCUGUUUCACCUGUUUUUUGCCACUUAGAUGUAGUGCUGUAAAAACAUUUUUACCUUUCAUUUUGACACUGCUUAAAACCUUUAAAACCUUUUUUUUUUUUUUUUUUUUUCUUCAUCCCAUAAAGGGCUUUAACCCAAAAUGUUGAUGGUGCUAGUACAUUUUUAAUACUUGUUUGUCUGAAAUGGGCUAGCCUUAUGCUACUGUUUAAGACAGCCUGGUAUUUUUCAUGGAGUGUGCAUGUCUGUCUCGGGCCCUGUCCUGUCAUCAUAUUGUCUUUUUUAACAUAACAUUUUUACUGCAGUGAUAUUCUUGCACAGAAUGGUGACAGGAUAUGGCCUUAAUAAUACUGAUUUCCUUUUUUUCCCCUCUUUUUGUGUGGAGUGUUCAUUCUGUCUCCGCUAAAUUGCAGUGCUAUGUGCAGAGCUGGCAUGUGCUCCAGUAAUUUGAAAACCUGUGGCUUAAUUUUACAAGUUGUUUUUCUUUUCUCCCAGCAGUCAAGCUCUCAGAUACCUUCUAUUUCAUUCUGGUCUAUAAUGUGAAAAUUUGCACUACUGAGCUGUCUUCAUUAUCUGGUGUAUUAAAGCAAAAUUGACAAUAAGUGUGCGUGGUUUAAGUAAUCAUAGAUGAAAUUUAGAAUAGGGAUCAACUAUCUUGCAACACUUUUCUCAAUGUAUUUAACAUUUAGCUUAGUUUUAAGAAGUAAAUAUGUUCAAAGAUCAGCCUCCACUUCAGUAGUGAAAACUGGAUUUAAAAGGAAAGAGAUGAAUCCAGCUGUAAUAUGCUGGGUUUAAUUUAUUACAGCUCUUUUUUUGGGGGAGCUGUUAUCUUACUCUUCCCUGUUUUCCCAAAUGGACCUGAGUAAACCAGUUAACUUGAAAUGGCAGUGGUCAUUGCUGGUUGUUAGUGCUUACCAUUAUCUGGCUUAACAGCUGAUAUUUCAGUAAGCCAAAUAUUUAGCUCAUUAUUUAUCCCCCCUGGCAUGGCUGAGGAUUUGGAUAAUAAUUGUUUACUAGGUGUUCUUACUGUUCCCAAAUGGAAUCUUCCUAAUACAUGAAAGUAUUUGCCUGGUUCUAUUUCUUAAUUCUUGCACAAAAACGUUUAAAAGGCAAAACCAGAAAAAACUGUGAAGUGAAAUGGAGAAGAAAAAAUUGCCUCUUUGCAUUACAUACCUCAUCUUCCAGAGACUCGCCAAACUGCUUCUUUCAAAUGCGAGCACCUGAAUUUGUCUUCUGAAGUUGAUGAUUCUUGCUGAGACUGCAUUUUCCAGCAGUGUUGAGGUGUGUUGUUCCUUUGUUUAGUUUUCUACUGGAUACUUUUAUGUAUCUCCCUAGCCAAGAAUAAGAGAUAUUUUUGUUGUCAGUUUGUUUUCUCUUUUAAUAAGUGCAACUAAUUGCAUUUAAAAUACGAUCCUUAGUCCUUGGCUAGCAAUCUUUGUGCUGUUGUAGGCCUCUAGCUGCAAGCUUUCUGAAGCACCCUCCCUAACAGUGUUGCAUUUGUGUGUAAACGCUUUUUUUUUUUUGCAAAGUGUUAUGUAACUUUUUUUUUGCUUUUUUUUGUUUGUGUUUUGUUUUUUUUUAAGCUUGGUUGAAUAUUUACAGAACUUCUUGCUGCUUUUUGACAAUCUAUAUUUAUUUAGUAGAACAAAUUUCAAUAUAUUACUUGAAACUAUGAAAUAGAAUUGAGUUAGCAGUUGACUGGUCAUGUGAUGUAUAGAAGUACAAUAUGCUGUGGUUAAUUCUGCAGUAGGUUUGUUAAUUUUGUUUAUCUGCACUAAAGUAUGAAGAUCUCCAUUCUGUUUAACCAUUCAAACCGAGGAGGUGAUCCAAGUUUGUCGUGUUUAAAAAGCUAAAUCCUGGAACUUGCCGUGGGAGUAGAAUAUACUAAAUUUUGUGCAUGAGGAAUUUGUUGGGAGAGUAAUGUAGCUGUGACACUUUGCCAAUUCUCAAAAAAGUCUACAUUUUGCUGAAAGUCUGAUUCUUGGUCAAGUUUUGCUUUAGUUGGGCUAAAGUAAACUUGCACAGCACAAAAAAAACCCAACAAUGCACCAAAGGUACUGGUAAUAUUUAAACAGUAAUCUGUACAUUUUCUCCACUUGCUAUUUUUUUCUGCAUUCAUUUAUUUCCCUUUAUUAAAAGAAUUUCUAGCAUUUUAAGGACUUAAGUGUAAAUCUCUUUUCCAAAAAAUUGUUAGUUACUGUAGAAUGAAACGUUUUGUAAUUUCCACUUGAUUCCAUCAGUAAAACUUAGAACUGAAAGCAGUUUUGGUGCACCAAACAUGCAGCGUGUGUGUGUUCUACAAGAAGUCGAAGAGCUCCCUGUUCGUAAGGCUGUUUAGAAAGGCAUCCAACAUUCAGUGCUCAGGUAUGUUAGUAAGAAGUACUGUAGUCCUCUGAGGGCAAACGUGUGGAUUUUUAAACAUUUUGCCAUAAUUGCACAAUUUUGCAUUUUUACUUAAUGUCAUGUUAUGUUUCUUAAAAUAAACCUAUUGUUGAAAUACA